GGAAGGCCAGCGGGCAGGUGGACAGGCGGUUAGGGACAGCUCCGCGGCCCCCUUACAACUCGUUCCCUUCCCUUACUCCUUCGCAGGGUGGUGGCUGGCGGCGCGAUGGACCUGGCCGGGCUCCUGCUGGACGAAGAAGGCACUUUCUCCCUCACCGGCUUUCAGGACUUCACGUUCCUCCCAGGACACCAGAAGUUGAGUGCCCGUAUCCGAAGGAGACUCUACUAUGGCUGGGACUGGGAAACUGACUGUAGCCUGGAGGAACUCUCCAGCCCUGUGGCAGACAUUGCUGUGGAACUGCUCCAGAAGGCAGCCCCCAGUCCUAUUCGUCGGCUCCAGAAGAAAUAUGUAGCCCAUGUGUCCCGGGAGGCAUGUAUCUCCCCAUGUGCUAUGAUGCUAGCUCUGGUGUACAUUGAGCGGCUCCGGCAUCGAAACCCAGACUACCUACAGCACGUAUCAUCCUCUGACUUGUUCCUGAUCUCCAUGAUGGUGGCCAGUAAGUACCUCUAUGAUGAAGGGGAGGAGGAGGAGGUCUUCAACGAUGAAUGGGGAGCUGCUGGGGGUGUGGCCGUGCCCACUCUCAAUGCCCUGGAGAGGGGCUUCCUGAAUGCCAUGGAUUGGCGUCUCUACACUGACCCUCGGGAGAUCUUUGAGGUGCUGAGCUGGCUGGAGAGCUGCGUGGCUGAGCAGCAGGGGCGGCGGCGGGGCUGGUACACCUACACAGACCUGUGUGUGCUGCUGGAGCAGCCCGCCUGGCAGCUGGCUCUGGGAUCCCUCUGCCAGCAGCUGGCAAAGCUGUCCUGCCUGUUAGCUAUGGCAUAUGUGAGCAGUGUGGCCCUGGCUGUGGCAUCGAUGGCUGUAAUACACCAGUCCUUGGGGCUGUCCUGCAGUCCCCCGCCUGGCCCCCCAGACCUUGGACUAGCCACCAGGUGCCUUUUGGAACCCUGCAUACCUUCUCCUGUGCCACAGUGCCUGCCAUCUCCUGCUAACAUCUCCAGCUGCCUGGAAGGCGACGUAGGGCUGCACUCACUCUGGGGAAGUCUUCUGGCUUCACUGACUCCCCAGCCAUUGCCUCCCCCAGAUCCUCCUGCACCUCCCACUCUUCUCCAUAACUGCCCCCUUUGCCAGAAGCUCCAGAAAGACUUCCCAGCCUGCCGUGCCUGCCACCACCUCAACCAUACUGUCCCCACCGGGCCCCCCAGCCCAUGGUACCACUCCCAUGGCCUGGCUCCACCCUGGCCUUGGAGCCCAAUGCCCCCUCUGCUCCCGCAGCCCCAGCAGUGUUCCCUUUUCAGCAUCAUGGAACUGGCCCGCCUCAAGUCUUUCAUUUUCCCUGGCUAGGUAGGGUUCUGAGGAACACAGUAAGAGGAUUUGGGAGUCCCUGAGAACCUGGAGGAGCAGAGCUUGAUCUGGGUCCUUGGCUGGUCCCCUGUCCUCCUGGGUGAUGGAGCUUAAGAGGGUCAUAGGGCAGAGGGACUGAAGGUCAUUUGCUCUCCUAGACCUCCGUGGCCAGCUGCUUGGCCAGAGCAGUGAUGGUGCCAGGGAAGGCUUCAGCUUGCUGACUGGGGCAUGUCACAGGUGGGCAGGGGAGAGGCCCCCAUCUCUCUGUCACCCCUGGUCUCCUAGACUUUUGCUUUUGAGUUUCCUAGGAUGGGGCAAGGGAGGGAGGAAGCUUUGACCAGGGUCUGUGUGAUGUCCCUGAGGCAAGAGAGGCAGGGACUGAUAGGGCCAAGGUGGGAGCUGCUGAGGGAAGGCAGGGUGAGGUGGGAAACCCUCUCCACACCUGUCUCUGGGACGAAGUCUAGAGGAGCCAGGGGCUGCUGGGACCUCAACGCUGAGGGUUUGCCGUCUUGUCUUCCAACCUUCUCUUCUUAGUCCCCUGCUCCUGAGCUUCCCUCUCUUCCUGUUCCUCUCCUGGUGUUCUCUUCACAGGCUUCUCUGGCCACUUCUUUGUAUCUGGGGUUUUCAUGCUUUUGUAGAACUAAGGUUUCAAUAAACAGUUUCGGUUGCAUGGCCUGGACUCUUCCUUCUGCGGCAACCCUCGAAGAGCUUUCCCCCAUAUCUGCCUUCUCAGCCUCCCUACUUCCUGGCACCGUCAUCUUGCAACUCAUUCUCUCUGAGCCCCACUCCAGAGUGUCCCUGUUGUUUGAUGGUCAUAGGUUCCCAUUUCAAACUCCCUCUUCAUCCCUGCUCCCAGCACCCUUGACCCUGCUCUUAGCACUGCUCGGCUUGGGUGCGGUGGUGAGUGUCCCAUGACCAUUGGUAGCCCUGUCUGUAGGAAGUUCUGAGUGAGCACCAUCUUUGUGGAUCCUGAAGCACAUCUCAUGGACAGAGGCCAAGCCGAGAAUCCAGCAGAGCCCCAUGAGCUCCUUGAGGGCAAGCCCAAGGACACCUUAUCUCUAUCCUGACUUCCUUUCUGGUCUGACACAUGGUUCCAGUCAGUGUUGCUAAAGAGAAUACCGAGAUUGAGUUAUCAUUGGAAGAAGGAAAACUGAGCAGCUAGCUGGACUGUGGGUAUUUGGAACCACCUACUGUGACCCACAGCAGGGGUGGUACUGCCCCCUAGCGGGUAUUUUGGAAAUUUACAGGGCAUUUUUGAUUUGAAGGGGUGGGACUUACUGACAUUAAGUUUGCCUGCGCAGGAUGUCACACAUCCUGAAUUGCUCAGGAACCCCUCUUUUAUGAAGAAUUCCCAAGACAACUUUUGAAUAAUCAGAUGGACAUUAUGUAUAUGAAAAGCCUGUUUAUAUUUAUCUGAGCCUAGAACUAUCCAACUUUUUACAUGUGAACACAGAAUAAUUUUUGCACAUUUGGAAAAAGAGUUUGCCAGGAAUGCACCUCUGUGUAAAUUAAAACUAUACUUUGCUUUUUUCAUCACUUUACCAAGAACUUGUUCACUAUUUUGGAACAUCAGGUUACCAAUGGCAGCACAUGUGUCAUCAGGAAAGCACUAACAUCAGUUAGUAUUGUAGUUAUCACAUCCAUGGUGAUGCUACAUAUGGGGGUGGGCACUGGGCUACUUCAUUAUCUUCUGGUUUAUCUGGGCCCAAGCUUUCAUAUAAUAAGGACAUGACUGUAUGGAAUAUUUGUACAUACUUGUCAUUAUGCAGUAUUUAUUUUUAAAGUUGGUGUAUUUUUUUUUUAAUUUUCAUAUGUCUGCACCUCAACUUUGUGGCUUAGUCAUGUAAGUAGAACUAUUCCGGUGAUCAUUGCUGCACUGUACAUAGUAUGUUUUAAAAGUAAAGGGAAUUCCAGUUGAAAAAAAAAAGGCAAAUUAGUCCUGUAAUGAACACCAACUAAUGCAAAACUCAAAUUCAUUCUGGUGAUGGGAUUUAACACUUUAAGUAAAACAUUUUCUUUACCAAAAAAAUGUAUAACUCUGUCUACUCUGGUUUUAAGGAUACUAUGACUUCUUCAAAAAGUACUGAGUGAUAUAUCUCUAUUUUUCAAUGAGUAUUAUAAAAACUGUCAGUAUUCAAUAGAAUAUGUAAUAAAUUCAUAAUUACACUUGGAAAA